AUGUCCGAUUCGAACUCUGUGCACAGCGGGUCGGAUGGCCUUGAGCCUUUGCCCAUCGAGAGUGCCCACGACACCGUCGGCUGCAUCGAAGUCUUUGCAUGGCUGGUGGGUGUCGGCGGCAUGGCGGCGAUGUUGCUUCAUGUGUUUUUGGAUAUGAGCGCGUCAUAUUUCAAUUUUGGCCUCAUCUGCUACAUCCUGUACCUUGUCGAGUGGUGCCAAAGCAAGGCGUGCAGAUACUUGUCCAACGUGCACAGCGAAAAGGACUUCGUCGACUACAUAGAGACGCUCCAAAAAGCUCAUCCAAUCGUCACCUUCAGCAUUCAGAACUAUCACUACGAGAACGUGUCGACCUACGACGCAUCCAAGAAGAAGUGGACAACCAAGUCAAAGCGCCAGAAUACGCACGCGGCAUCGGCCAGGUUCCCCAUUGCCAGCGUCACUGAUGAGACCUUAUCUCCAGCCCAGACAGUGGCAAUGUUCCAUUUGCUGCACCGCAGUGCGGCCAGCGAAGGCAGCAGCUUACUCCAUGAGACUGUGAUUCGGGUGGAAGGAACUGGGGAGCAGCGCUUGCUUCUGGCCUGCCACUUCCCCCUCACUUUCAUGCCGCGUGACGCAGAGACUACCGCGGCACUGGCCAGAUUCAAGGAAGAUUUCUACCGCUCGAACACGACAGACCAGUUUCAAGACAAGUCUGAGAAGCAGUCGCUGGACUGCAUCCACAUCGAUCGCGCCAUGGUGGUGCUGAGCUCAGCGGGGCAAGCUGUGACGGAGAGGCCUUGGUGGAUGCGCCGUUCUUGGCUGGCGCUCUCGACCCUGCUGCUGAUGGGCUUGCCCUUCCGCUACUUCUUGUAUCGCCGUGCGCAGAAGGUGGUGUGGCAUGUGCGGAAGCACUUUUCCAUAUCUCCCACCGCCGCGGCUGCAACUACAACUCCGCUCCACUCCUUGACGCGCUCUCGCGACCCAGCCGUGGCACGCGUGGGGCGCAUGGAUCCGAACGUGCGCAUCGAGUUUUCCGAGGAAGGUGGCUUUUGGCAGCUGCCUGCAGCCCCAGACGACAUUCUGGACAUCGAGGCCAUUGCCGGCGCACCUGGUAUCGAGGCCCCUACAUACUGGACCCACCGCGACCUCAGUGUGGCAUUUCGCUGCGCCGAGCUUCUCGAGGACGCCUCGGAUGACAUGCGGGCCCGAGUGCAGCAGCUCUUGGACGACUGCUUCACGGCAAGGGCCACCCGGGACCGUGCUGGGAGUCUGCCCACGCGCCUGGUGGCGGAGAUGGUUCAGCGGAUUGAAGACAGCAGCCUUUGGCAGAGAUAUGUCGACCGACGGAGCAGGGCUGCUCUUCGAGCAGCUGACAUCACGCAUGUUGAGGACCUGGCCGGAAGUGGCCGCUGCAAGACCACCCGAAGCCUAGGCCACCUGAACGCGAGGCUGGACAGCAGCGUCAACGAACUGUACUUGUUCCACGGCUCCAGCCCGGCCGGCGUCCUGGGCAUCGGCUCUGCCGGCUUCAAGCUGGACCUGGCCGGCUCACGUACAGGCACAAUGUUUGGCCCCGGAGCCUAUUUUGCCGAGGCCAGCAGCAAGGGUGAUGAGUAUGCCUCUGAAGACCCCAGCGGGCUUUUUGCAGGGAAAUGUGCGAUGCUCCUUUGCCGCGUGGUUUGCGGCAAGCUUUUCCGGGUCGAAACGGCAGACCCCGAUGCAGUGCAGAAAUCCAGGGCCGGCGGCUACGAUGGCACCUUGGGCGACCGGGAGCAUGCUGCAGGCACAUACCGCGAGUUUGUGGUCUACGAUGAGGCGCAGGUCUACCCAGAGUACGUCGUCAUCUACCGGCGCGUCUUUGACUGA